CUCCACUCCUAACGCACUCUCUUCUCAGAGCAAAGGUGAGGCCCUGCCUCUCCCCCAUUAGAUCACCCACCAAGCUACUAUUGGGUAGUCGUCGAAAUUUUAGGUUUUUUUGGGGGGGUUUGAAUCUAUGGCUUCUUUGUCUAGGAAGGAUGUGGAUCGGAUCAAGGGUCCGUGGAGUCCGGAAGAGGACGAACUGUUGCAGACCCUGGUGCAGAGGCACGGGCCAAGGAACUGGUCGCUGAUCAGCAAAUCGAUUCCGGGUCGAUCCGGGAAAUCGUGCCGGUUACGGUGGUGUAACCAGCUGUCCCCUCAGGUGGAGCACCGUGCGUUCACGGCGGAGGAGGACGAGACGAUCAUGAAAGCCCACGCAAAGUUCGGUAACAAAUGGGCUACGAUCGCUCGACUCCUCUCGGGUCGCACCGACAACGCGAUCAAGAACCACUGGAACUCCACUCUCAAGCGUAAAUGCUCGUCCAUGUCCGACGAUUUCAAUUUCCCCGACGGGUCUCAUUCGCAUCAGCCUCUGAAGAGAUCGGCCAGUGUUGGACCGGGCACGAAUGUAUCGGGUCUGUACCUGAACCCAAGUAGCCCAUCCGGAUCCGAUUUGAGCGAUUCAAGUUUCUCCGGUUUCCCUUCCGCUCAAGUUUUCCGGCCAGUGCCGUUAACCGGCGGAGUUCCCCCUCCGGUUCACCAGAUCGAGACUGCAUCAACGACUGUAUCGGAUCCUCCGACCUCCCUCACCCUAUCCUUACCCGGAUCCGAUUCCUCCGACCCGUCCAAUCAAAUCGCUACUCCGCCGGCGCCACCACAGGGCGGCCAAAACGUCGAUUUUGGGGCGGCGAUUGGUGAGAAACAGUUCUUCAGCCAGGAAUUUUUGGCGGUGAUGCAAGAGAUGAUUAAAGAAGAAGUGAGGAGCUAUAUGUCUGGGAUUGAACAAAACGGGCGGUGCUUGCAAGCAGAGGCGAUUAGGAACGCAGUGGUGAAGAGAAUUGGGAUUAGCAAGAUCGAGUAGGAGUGAAUUGAUGAGUCUGAAGAGACUUUUGAGUAGUAGUUAUUACCUAGCGAUGACGAACGAAAUGAUUCUCGGCUUCGGAAAACCUGAAUUGAGGAGCCAAACAAUGGUCUUCGUUUUCGAUAUCAUCCCAACUCCUUAUAUAUAUAAAAUAAUAUUUUUGGGUAGUGUACAGGGAAACUAGUUCAUGUUCAAUGGAAAAUGCAAAAUGCAAAAAAGAAAGAACGAAAAAAAAAAGAGAAUGAAUUUCCUUCCUUCUAUGUGGAGUUGUGAACUGCUUUUGUUUAGAUGGACAUGAACCAAAAAAAAAAAAA